CCCCCCUUCCAUUCUCCAGGAUCUGCUUCACUGCCUUCGAUCUAGGAUCUCUCACAUUGGACCCUGGCCCAGAUUUGACAUAUCAUUCUUGACCCAUCUCAUUGCUGUAAGCCCACUCCUAUCUCUCUCUCUUGCUUGCUCCAAAUCCUCUGGUCUCCAUCGUCUGGCAUUUCCUUCUGAAGAUCUUGUUCAAGAUCCAGGAGAUCACCGCUGGGACCCUGCAGUGACAGGCACUCUAUUCCGAAAAGUAUAGCUCGUGAGUCAUUAAUCUCUCAGUUAAAGCUGCUAUCAUGUAUCUGUUGCAUUCUGCGAUUGCUGUCGCCUCCCUGGCCCUGCUUGCCAACGGACAGAACUCUUCCUACAAUAUCAAUGUCAAUGACAUUCCAAUCGAUACGAGAACUCAAUGGUGUAAGGCUCAGACCUCAUCAUGCCCGCUCCUCUGUCUUCAAUUGCCUGGAACGACAAGCCAGCCAAAGGAGAAUACUUGCAAUCCUAAAACAUUGUACUAUGUCUGUGACUGCAGUAACGGCCUAAGCCCGAAUUCUUCGCAAUAUUCUCAGACGAUCCCGUACUUCUUGUGCACAGAAGAGAACAAUGAGUGUGUCACCAACUGCAACGGCAAUUCCAUCUGCCAAUCGGAUUGCCGCAGCCAGCACCCUUGUGGUGCGCAGGACCCCAAGCGGGUGAAUACUACUUCGACAUCAAACUCAACUCCAGCUGCUACUGCUGCUUCCACCACAACCUCAUUGGCACCCUUCACUGGUGUGCCCGAUGAGGGCGCAGCAGCCCGAUCAUCGACAGACAUGACUCAGCUUUACGGUCUGGUGACUGUUAUGGGUGCAUUCCUGGCCGGAUUCACGACCUUGAUCUAGAUUCAACCCGCGCUACAGGGGUCCCUGAUACAGCCGCCGCCGCCGCCCGUCGCACUUCUGAUAAUGUGUGGGAAUCCAUUUGGCAUCUUAGUGUAAUAUCUAAUAUCCGUCAGCUUUCGAUUUUUGUCGGACAUCGGCUACUGCUUUCGCUUUGGUGCUUUGCUCAAUUCACGAUGCAGCGAUUUCUUCCUUUCUCUUGUGUAAUGGUUGUGCUACCGUUUAUGAGCUAUCCUCUUCCAUGAUGAAACAAUGAUGACCAUUUAUUGCUGAUCCAGUCAGAUCCAGCGCAGGUUAAAAUCAUACUUCACGAGUUGAGCGUUUCAUUUCACCAGACUCGAAACCUGCCAUAAGAUAGAUUGGUUUGAUCAAACGAUUCACUUACGCUGGAUGCUUAUGCUUAAUCUCAAUUCAGCCC